AUGUCUUGCUUUGUUCUCUGUUUUAGUGCGGCUCGCGGCGUGGGAGCUGGAGCUGAUGGCGCUGGCUGCAACGACUCAUCCACGUGUUGGAGAGGACAACGGCGGGAGAGCGGGAGCCAACGGCGGGGACGACACGACGGCGCUGGCGGGGACAACGGCGCUGGCGGGGACAACAGCGCUGGGGGGGAAACGGCGCUGGCGGGGACAACAGUGCUGGCGGGGACAACGGCGCUGGCGGGGACGACGGCGCUGGCGGCUAGGAGCUUGGAGGAGGAGGUUUCAUCCUCACCCCCCCUCCCCUCCCUCCCCAUCCCCCUCCCCUAUCGCAGAUUCGGUUUGGAUGGGUUUGGGUGGGUGUAG